AUGGAGAGUUUUGCUCUUGUUGUUAAAAUAAACACAUUUUUGUGCUUUGCUUUUUACGACUAUAAAUUGUGGGUGGUCAAUGAGUCAGUUAGAUUUCUUGUCUAUGUCGAUGAUCUUAUUAUUGUUGGAAAUAGUAAUCAUGCUAUUUCUCAACUUAAGAUCACAUUGCAGUCUCGUUUUUUUAUCAAAGAUCAUGACCACUUAAACUACUUUCUUGGAAUUGAAAUGGAAAUUUCUAGCAAAGGUCUAUUUCAUAACCAACGGAAGUACAUUCUUGACUUACUUGAAGAUGUUGAGAUGAUGAAUUGUAAGCUGACUCUUACUCUAUUGGAUAGUAAGUUGAAUCUUAACACUAAAAGUACACCUUUACAUGAUUUGAGUGACUAUCAGCGGUUUGUGGGUAAACUUAUUUAUCUUACCAUUUCUAGACCUGAAAAAACUUAG